AUGCAGUCUGCCGAGGCCAAAUUCAACAAAAACAGCCUGCUCUUGACUCUGAGAGGGUACAGCUCGGCUGUUAGUGACAUGGAGCAGACCAUUCUCCUGCCGAGCCUGCUGCGAGACGUGCCCUCUGAUGAGGCGUGGGACUGUGAAGCUACAGAGGAGUCCUGUAGAGACCUGUAUAGCAAUUAUCUGACGCUCAAAGCCAUAAGAAACACGGUGGAGAGCAGCCUGAUUCUCCUGGACGACCAUAAGGCCAAGAGCCACACCGCACUCAACAAGACCCUGGAGCCUCUUCUGGACACAGAUCCUGAGACUCUAUUCCGUUUCCACCUGAGAGGACUCUUUUCUGUGAUGAGUGACCUCACCAAGAAGACUCAGAGCCUCACUGUGAAAUAUAUGGACAUUAUUGGCGUGGCAUACUAG